AGGCGUUGCCAUAGCUGCUAGUCUUAGCAGCCAUGGCAGCAAUGGCACUUACACAGUUGGCCAGAGGCUGCCGACCCCUUCCGAGGCUGAGAAUCCUUGCAAGUCGCCGACAGAAUGGCUCUCUCUGGAAUGAAUACGAGGAGCGAGGUGUGCCAUCCUAUUUGGACAUGCAGGCUACCACGCCAGUAGAUCCUCGAGUCUUGGAUGCCAUGCUUCCCUACUACCACGGAAAAUAUGGCAACCCUCACAGCCGCAGCCACUCGUACGGCUGGGAUGCAGAGGAGGCCACAGAGCAGGCGCGCGAGAAGGUGGCGAAGCUCAUCAACGCAGAUCCCAAGGAGAUUUUCUUCACCUCUGGUGCUACCGAGUCGAACAACAUGGCGGUCAAGGGCGUGGCCGACUUCUACGAGGGGUCUGGGAAGAAGCACAUUGUCACCACCCAGACCGAGCACAAAUGCGUCUUGGCGUCCUGCCGACGCCUCGAAGUUGACAAGGGCUGGAGUGUGACCUACCUUCCUGUGGACAAAUGGGGCCUCGUGAGCCUGCAGGACCUGGAAAAUGCGAUUCGUGAUGAUACCGCACUUGUCUCCAUCAUGCACGUGAACAACGAGAUUGGGACCAUGCAGCCGCUCGAGGAGAUGGGACAGAUUUGCGCCAAAAGGAAGGUGCUUUUUCAUACCGACGCAGCCCAGAGUGUUGGCAAGGUGCCGGUGGAUGUCAAGAAGCUUGGAGUAGCACUGAUGUCAAUCUCAGCUCACAAGAUGUACGGCCCCAAGGGCGUGGGUGCGCUCUACGUUCGCCGCAAGCCAAGGGUCCGCCUUAGAGCAGUGAUCGAUGGCGGCGGCCAGGAGCGCGGCAUGCGGAGCGGCACCUUGGCGACCCCCACCAUCGUGGGCUUCGGGGCGGCGGCAGAGGUGUGCAUGGCGGAAAUGGAGAAUGACCAUCGCCAUGUCGAGAUGCUGUACAAGCGCAUGCACGAUCAGAUCACGGAACAGCUGCCUCAGAUUACCCUGAACGGCUCUCCAUCAGCGAGGUAUCCUGGCAAUGUGAAUCUGUCUUUUGCCUGCGUCGAGGGUGAGAGUCUUCUGAUGUCCUUGGCGAAGACCACGGCGGUGUCCAGCGGCUCCGCCUGCACCAGCGCCUCCCUGGAACCGUCCUACGUGCUCCGCGCCAUCGGUGUCUCGGAGGACUUGGCGCACACGUCUUUGCGCUUUGGAAUUGGCCGCUUCACCACUGCGGGAGAAGUGGACAAGACUGUGAACGAUGUCGUGAGGGAGGUCCGCCGGUUGCGGGACAUGAGCCCCCUGUGGGAGCUGGAGCUGGAGGCAAUGAAGACGGGUGGACAGAAGCAAGCCGUGACUUGGUCUUGAGACCCACAGGCACACGAGUCUCGGGCGCCAUGGAGAGAUGCUUGAGACAUCUGGAGACAGCCUGUGAGGCCCGUUCGCCUCCCUGUACAGAACCCCAAGGCCGCAGUUAGCAUUGAGAAAGGCAGCUUUCUUCUCACACUCUUUUCGCCAGAGGGUAGUGCUGUCUCAAACACGUCGGUUCAGAUCCGAACCUG